AUGGAGGUGGAGGAGGCCUUCCCUGUGGUGGGCGAGAUGGCCUUCCAGGUCUGGCUCUGCGUCCUGCUGGCUGCGCUGCUCCAGCUUUAUGUAGCCAGUGAAUCAAUCCUCAUUGCACUAGUGGGAGCAACACCACCUUAUCAUUGGGAUCUUGAUGGCAUCUCAGCUAAUCAGAGUCAUAAUAAUGAGUCAACUAAUAGAGAAAGCGCUUUUGGGAAAUGGCUUCUGACAGCCAAUGGAAGUGAACUUCAAAAACAUGUGCACUUUAGCAGCAACUUUACAUCAAUAGCUUCUGAGUGGUUUUUAAUUGGCAACACAUCAUACAAGAUCAGUGCUGCCAGUUCAUUUUUCUUCGGUGGUGUAUUUGUCGGAGUGAUAACUUUUGGACAACUCUCAGACCGUUUUGGACGGAAGAAAGUCUAUCUUGUCGGUUUUGGUCUUGAUAUCGUGUUUGCUGUUGCUAAUGGAUUCUCCCCCUCCUACGAGUUUUUUGCAGCCUCACGAUUCUUGGUGGGAGUAAUGAAUGGUGGAAUGUCCCUGGUGGCCUUUGUCUUGCUGAAUGAAUGUGUGGGCACUGCUUAUUGGGCUUUGGCAGGAUCAAUUGGUGGCCUGUUCUUUGCUGUGGGAAUUGCCCAGUAUGCUUUGUUAGGAUAUCUCAUUCGCUCCUGGAGAAUGCUAGCAGUUGUGGUUAACCUGGAGGGAUCACUAGUCUUUCUCCUCUCUCUAUUCAUUCCUGAGUCACCUCGUUGGUUGUACUCCCAAAGACGGCUGAAUGAAGCCGAAGAUGCUCUCUACCUCAUUGCAAAGAGGAACGGAAAGCCAAAGUGCACUUUUUCACUUAAGCCACCAGCUGAAGAGAAUUAUAAAGAGGCUGCUAGCAUCCUGGACCUAUUCCGAUACAAGAUCCUUUUGGGACGUACUAUGAUCAUGAUGUUCAUCUGGUUUGUAUGCAGCUUGGUUUAUUAUGGUCUUACGCUCAAUGUGGGUGAUUUGGGUGGAAGCAUCUAUACUAACCUGGCUCUUUCUGGGCUAAUCGAAAUUCCAGCAUACCCCCUCUGUAUCUACUUGAUCAGCCAAAAAUGGUUCGGCCGUAAACGAACACUUGCCACAUUUUUGUUCCUGGGAGGACUGGCUUCUGUUGUUGUCAUGUUUCUUCCAGAAAAGAAAGGUACAGGAAUGUUUGCAGUUGUGAACAGUCGUUCACUGUCUUUACUAGGGAAACUGACUAUCAGUGCAGCAUUUAAUAUUGUUUAUAUCUACACAUCUGAACUCUAUCCUACAGUGAUAAGGAAUGUUGGAAUGGGAACCUGCUCUAUGUUCUCCCGAGUUGGUGGGAUCAUUGCUCCUUUUGUUCCAUCUCUGAAAUCUUUUCAGUGGUAUCUGCCAUAUAUUGUAUUUGGGGUGGCAAGUUUGUUGUCUGGUUUUCUGAGCCUACUACUGCCAGAAACCCUAAAUACUCCCCUGCUGGAGACAAUAUCUGACCUACAAGUUUGUUCGUAUCGGAAGCUGGGUGAUGAAGCCAUGUCACUGCAGGAACUAGAAGGCUCACUGUCUGGCCAGGAUUCAGCUGGGAGUGAAAGUGAAGAUGAAGAAUUCUAUGAUGCCAACGAAGAGACCCAAAUGAUCAAGUGAUGGAUAAAGCACUGCUGCUAGAUUUUACAUCCUCUUUGAAUUAUCUGAUAAACUGUUUGUAGAAACACAAAAGCCAAGAGCAAUCAGUGGAGUUUAAAAAUACAGUAUCUUUGUUAAAGAGAAAGGUAGGACUUGGUUCAAAACUGUUGCAAUAGGGCAACUGUCACUAAGGAUGUCUUUAGGAAAUUGGUCAUUUUGACUGUGGGAUAAGUAAGCAAUGGUAUACAAAACGGAUCCAAUAUAUAGUUAGAUCUCUUUGACUGUCUUACAAGGGUUUUGUUUUGUUUUGUUUUUUUACAGAGAGGCCUGUUUGUUUAUUUGGGAGAGACCUGUUUGACAACCCUGGAUUUUAUUUGAUGCUGAUAAAAAUUUGGGAGGCAUUAUUAACUCUUAAUGGGAACAAAUGUUCUGAAAUACUACAAUGUGAUAUUUUAUAGUGAAUGCAGUGUGGAAUUUUGAUCUUGGGGUGAUUUUGUGUCAGGGGACAAGAUAUGUUUCUGUCAAGUGACGUAGGACUGCGAAGAAGACAGAUACUGAUUAAAAAGGUAACUGAGUCACAAUAAUUGUGGAUCCACAAGGGAAUAACACAUUUGACUUUAGGCUAUCUUUGCCUCCCGAAAAAAGAUAGGAUCAAAAGAUAGGAUCAAUACCAGAAGCAGUCUUCCCAUAACCAACUUUGCUGGUUAAUUCAAUAGGAAAUGUAACAAGUGUGGCUAAUUUAGGUAGUGCAACCUGUGUUCACUUGACACUUUGUCAUUGAAAGACUAACAGUCUUAUGUUUACACAGAACUCUUUUUUCCCCUUGAAAUGUGUUGCUGGCAGUGCUAGGAAACUGUUCUGUUAGAAGGGAGGAAUUUGGGUGGUACCAUAUUCCAGCUGGUGCUGUCCCUUCUGUGCUGCUUCUGUGUGUAUACUCCCAGCACUCUGUUUCUUCUUCUGUAUUUUAAAUGGGAGAAAAGAGUUGAAUCCGAAGAUGGGAGUUCCUAAAUCCAUUUCCAGCUCCAUUGUCAUACCGGUGAUAGACACAUACCAAGACAGAGCAAGACACUGUUCCUCACUCUGUCGUAAAGGCUUGUACUGCUGUGAGAUGUACUCUCAUUUAAUUUGUCCACUAUUGCCAGAGUCAAAUUGUAUAGUAUAAUAUAGCUUGGGAAUAGUUGUUGCCUGGCCGCUGCUAAAGCAAGUUCAGAAUACAUACAGUAUUAGGUAGCUAUCCCCUGAUGAUAUGGCAUCUGGUUUUGCUACUUAAUACUUUAUAUUUUUGCCUGUUGUCUUUUCAUGAGGCAGAAAGACUGAGAGAUGUUGUCUAGGGCAGCUUUUCGAACUGAUGUCCUCCAGAUGUGUUGGAUUACAUUAUCUUUCAUCCUCAGUAAGUAUGGUCAGGGAUGAAGGGAGAUGAAGCAUAUCUGGUGGGCUUCUUGCAGUGUGGAAUAAAAAGGAACUUCAUUCAUAAUGGUUUUUAUACCAGAAGCAGUCUUCCCAUAACCAACUUUUAAAAUCAGCAUAGAGUGUAAGACUUUUACUUUUCAUUUAAAAUGAUUCCAGCUUGUGUAAGUGUUCAUAGAUGGACUUUUCAGAUGGUUGGUAGUUCCAUUUGUUGAUUCAGUUGUUGUAGGAGAUCAAUACAACCUUCCCACAGGUAGCAUUUUGAUUACAUUUUGCUAACAGUUGCUGAAGAGACAACAUUUAGUCUUAGAAUUUGUGAUUUUGAGGGCUUAGUUGAGGUUGCAUGUGUCUUAUGGAUAUCUUUUCACUAGUGAUCACCAGCGUGCUGCCUUUCCCACUUACCCUAUCCAUGCCACUUUAGACACUUAACAUUAUUCUAUAUGUUUUCUUCUGUCUAGUUCUCAAUAAUGCAUACCUACACAUGUGCGCACACACACCUGUACCAGCGCUAAAACAAAUGCCUGCACUAUAAGGAGGCAGCUAAGAAGCAGGUAAAUGUCAUAGCACUAAUCAGCCCCCACCUGCCUUUAUUGAAAGUUUCUUAUCCCAUUUCUGAAGCUGAUGAAGCUUCAGUCCUUCCAAAAACUGUACUGCUCCUAGCAGUCUCAAAGGGAAGGGCAAAGGUGGCAGGGGAUAAAGAAAAUAGCUGUUGGAAAGGCAAGUUCUGUGAAAGCUGGUCCUUUUUAAGGAGUUAGAAAGAUGGGGUAGAAAAAGCACAGAAACAUUCAAAGAACCUUCUUCCUGAAAUUGCUGAACUACUUGAAAGUCCAAAGGUGUUGGGGAAUCUUUUCAAUAUAUACAUCCAGUUAAGCUGCAUUGGGAUAACACUAGUGUAUACACCAGAAAGAAGAAAAAGUGUAGGCUUGAAGAGAGUGGGAAAAGAGAUAGUGACUGUCUUUUGCCUUAACUGUGAUCCCUGCCAUAGCUUAUCUCUUCAUUUUAAAUUCAGUGCCUCUCAAGUCAAAGCCCACAAUUCUGUGCAGAGUUACUUCUUAGAGGUUUCCACUGAAAUACAUGAGAUGUAUCUGAGUGAACUCACAGAGGAAAGUUGUCUUAUGAAUGGUUAGCUCUUUGACCUCUCCUAGUUUGGUACAUAGUGGACAGCAAAUUUAGAAGCCCUUGCAAGCCUAACAUAUAUUAGUGUGUAAAAUCUUUUAAAAGGAAAAAAAACCCAUCAUCAUUAUUUCCAUAGAGAAUCUAUCAUUGAGUCCUUAUGACUUUAUUUAGCAAUUGGAGAAAAUAUGCAUACAUGGAUAUGCAUAUACUAGGUGGACGAUCAUUUCCAGCCUGAUGGAAAUGAAAUGUCUUGCCAGAAAGACCAAGGAUAAAUCUUUCAGCAGAAGGAGAGUGGCAAGCGUCUUGAGUUUUGGUUGCACUGAUGAAGAAGCACAGUAAAAAAAAAGGCCUUUCUAAUAGAAACACAUUCAUGCAGGUGUGUGCUCAGUUGCUGACUGUGGCCUGUUACAGACUGCCAAAAUAAAGCUGCUUCGGGUCUAUUUGGAGGUGUAUG